CAACUACUACGUACAGUACCGUACUUCGUUUGUAUGAAAAUAAAACUCGUUCUGUUCGUACGAGCAACGCACAGMACGGCAUGCACGUCCCAAUAGGAUACGUACCUUACUACUAGGAUGCUUCUGAUCCGUGUCCGGUCGUCAAAACUCGCAACAGUUGUUUCGUUGAAUCACAGCUCAGCUGAGGAGAUAUGGAAGAACUUGGCCAUUGUGUUACCGUCUGUAGUUAAACUGCAAUAAAUAUAAAAUCGGACAAUGACUAAUGUCAAUCCUACCCAAAGAGAGCGAAAGARCAGAAGCGUCAAUGACUUUGGUUCCCAGAAUGCGCUGAGAGGAGCCCUCUCAAGAAUGGAUGCCCGCCCUGGCGCGGACACAAAUAGCACAUGGGAUCCAUUGUCAAGGCGGCUUUCGUUGCUUCAAAGUGAAAGGAAGGCGGAUGAGAAAACUAUUGGUGCCAUUGGGUCCGAUUUGAGGACCACCGAUGACAUUCAAAUGUUACAGUCAGUAGCCCAAGAAGCUGGCAAAGAGGUAGUCGAUGGAAUGGACAUCGAWAUGGACGACGAAGAACGUCUGAGAGAGGCAAUGGAAACUGAAUCUCGGAGAUUGGCUGUUUUGAAGAGUUAUCGUGUGGUGGGAUCAGGUCGCAAUGCAGCAUAUGAAAGAUUGGUGUCCCUAGCUAGCAGAAUAUUCAAGGCUCCAAUUAGCUACAUCACUAUCAUUGAUCUAGCAAGCAGCCACAUUCUCGCUGCUAGGGGCCUUGGAGCGAUGGCUGAAAAUGAAGGUGAAAGAAGGUCUUCUAUUUGUGCUCGAACGAUCACAAGUAAAGAGGAGCACUUAGUGAUUCCGGAUCUCUCUCAGGACGAACAAUUUAAAGACCACAAAAAUGUGGUGGGGCUUCCCCACCUUCGAUUUUAUGCRGCAGCUUCCUUGAUAUCUCCGGAAGGAUAUCGUCUUGGUACAAUUUGUGUCCUAGAUACAGUGMCCCGACCAGAUGGAAUGUCUUUAGAUAUGAUGCAGAACUUGAGAGAAAUCGCAGGAAUGGUUAUGGAUGUGAUGGUUGAAGAACGCGAAAGAAAGAACUUUGAGUAUCGCCAGCCAUCGCGGAUGAUUGCUACCACCUCGAAUGAUCUGAUGGCACCAUUAUUGGGAAUCGUCAAGGGGCUCUCAUCCAUUCGAGAGGACGAAGGACUUUUGAACUCGUUAUCAAGUCAACAGGAAGAAAUUUUYAAUACGGCUUUUGCGUGUUCGUCUGUAAUGAGCCGCAUAUGCAAGAAUUCUUUAGACUCUUUUAACAAGGACAGAAGAAAGCACACAGUAGUAGCUGCAAAAGAAGAAAGUAAAGAAGAGGAUGAGAAAGAUAAUUUGUUGGUUAUUCGAGAUUUAGUGAAGCACCUUCAUGUCGUAAUGGACCCAUUCCCGAAAAAAGUUCCGCUUGUCAUCACAACAGACGACGCUGUGCCGCCUGUUAUUGUGGCUGAUGAACUGAAGGUUUUCCGUUCCGUUGUGAACUAYUUGACCAACGCCUGCUCAAAGACUGAGACUGGGUCAGUUCAUCUCAAAAUAUAUCUGAAAGAUGAGACCGAAGGCAUCGAGGAAGGCAGCGAGCCGCGCCAAAGUGUUAUCUUCUUGGUCGAAGAUACGGGGUGUGGUGUAGAUGUCGAGCAAUACCAGCAUCUUUUCAAGCCUAUCAUCUUAAGUACAGAGGAGGAAGAUAACUCCUGCACCCUCGCAACAUUUGGAGGUAGAGAUGCCACUCCGGUCAUAAAACGGACGAGUUUGGGAUUGUAUUCAGUUGCAACACAAAUCAGUUCUAUUGGGGGAAGAUAUGGAUUCCGACCGCGAGAAUUCUCUGAAAGUGGAUCUCGACUAUGUGACUCGAACGGGAAUGAACUAAGGGGGUCCAUUUUUUGGCUUAGUGUCCCAUUGGCUUUGCCUUAUGACAAGAAAGAAUCUCCUGGAAAGCCAGAGGUUGCUAUUCUCGGGUCCAAAACUGGGGAAAACGAAUCUGAUCUUACGGACGAGCAAAUGGURGAAGAUGAUUGGGCGGAUUCGAACACUCAAAAACGAUCRUACAAAUCAAUUGAGGAACCCCCUUCAUCUAAAGUUCGCCAGAAGCGUGCACUCAUCAUUGAAGAUUCAAUGAGUACUCGACGAGUGCUGUCAAGAAUGCUUAAGAAACUAGGCUUUGAUGUAGUUCAAAGUGUGAACGGCAUGGAAGGACUGAAGGAACUCCAAGCCAAUCUUUUCGACCUUGUUCUUUGUGAUUUUUUGAUGCCCGUAAUGGAUGGAACUGAUUGUGUUCAACAGUAUCGGCAAUUUGAGGUUUCCCAUCGUCCAUGGUUCGAUCAAUACAUCGUUGGCAUUUCUGCUCAUGCUUGUGAUGCAGAUAUUGAACGUGGAAUGAAAGUCGGAAUGAAUGACUACAGACCAAAACCAGUGACGAUGAGACAUCUUGAAGAAAUUCUUGAGGGGCAGGAGUAUCAAUAUGUAACUUCAAGGCUUGAUUCCAUUGCUGUACACUUAGAAGAAGAGGCUAAUGCUGCGGAUACGGCRAAAAGGUCGAAACCUGAAAAACCGGUAGAAAAAGCACCCCAAAACGAAGAAGCUAUGAAGGUCUGUCUUGUAGUCGAAGAGGGAAAAAUAAUAUCGACUGUUGCUGAGAAAGUUUCCGAAAAUAUGGGAUGGAAAUCAGUUGUUGUACACAAUGGAGAAGCCGCCCUGCGCUUAUUAAAAAUGAGGAAUUGGGAUGCGGUUCUUCUCGAUGAAGAACUUCCGGGAGUUACGAGCUGCAAGGUCAUCGAAAACUUUCGUCUAUGGGAGAGUAAGAACCGGGUUAAUAGACAAAAGAAUGUAUUCCAAGUCAACUCGAGCUUUAUUCCCACAGGUUUGGAGUGCUCGGCGGGGGUGGAAUCUUCUUUAUCUUCCUCGUUGGUGCAGCUUCCUUCUGGUUUUGACGGUGCUCUUGGGAAGCCUCUCUCUGCGAACAUUUUGAAAAACUUUCUUCAGAGCUCGUCUGAAGGAAGUGCAUCGCAUCUCCUCAUGUGAGGGUCAACGCUGGACUCACCCGAUUCCCGAUUCGUGGAGGUCAAGAAGUAAAAUUUUAUAGCAAUUAACUGUUUUUUGGGUAACGACACAGAUCUUCUACAACAAGAUUUUUGAAAUGUUCAACUCAUGCUUUCUGAAAACUGAAGAAAUUGAAAAACUAAUCCGAGUUGGACUACAACAAUUGAAGACAUCGCUCGAUGCACUAUCCUCCUCCUGUACGUCUCUYCAAAAUAGUCAAGAUAGCAGUACAUACAAGGGCGAGAUACAUAUUGAUCGAUGAGAAGGAAGCUCCGGGGCAAUUGAUGCAGUACAUGGCUUGAGCAAUAUUCGUGCAUUAUCAGUUCAGUAACUCUCAACUCAACGAUCAGUCACUCCAUGUUCAGAGAAGAAAGAUAUCUGUGGUUGAAAAAUUGAAUCUUAAAAACUGAGGUAUCUUAUCAUCUUUAUGCUUAGUUUCCUGCUUGAUAUAUCCUUCAACAAGUAGUGGAGUAAUAUCUAAAUGSGUUCUGGACAGAUUCCCACUUAMAUGUAUAACAUUCUUUACGGAAACAAUACCAAAGUGUUAGAAAUGGGAAAUAUUGGUUUUUGUCAGUGUGUCAAACUAAAGCACUGCAAAAUUUUGGUUGGGUCUGCUGUCCUUGUAUUUUGGGCUGCAACCAAAUCUCAUAUUUGGAACAUAGCAAAAAGAUUGGGGGUGGUGGUUGGGGAUGUAUCCAAACCCUAGAUAUAGUUGGGGGUGUACCCAAAUCUCUGACCUUGGGGAUACAAAAUGGGAUCUGUUGGUUAAAGGUAUUGGCUUGGGCUUGUAACCAAAUGGUGGUAAGGCCAUAAAGACGACACCCAUUAGGGAUACUAUGUAUGACACUCAAAGCACAUACUAGUACACAGCAACACACCAGCUUGGCAACCACCAGGGUGAAAAUCUUCAUAUAAAUUUUUAACCUCAUGAACUAUUAAAAGAGGUACUGGGAAGGUCAGAAAAAUCUGCMAAGAAGAGUACUUGUUCUAAUUGCUCUAAAGGGAAACAACCAUCAGGGUGAUUAUAAGCAGGAAGAAUUUAAAAACUGAACAAAAACAAGCUAUAAAUAUUAAACAUGCAA